GUGCAUACAAUCGCCGAAGCCUGCGUGAACGACGCAAAUCCAACUGGCUCUAUUGUAGGGCGAUGGAUGACGUAAAGUUCCUACGUAAAUGACGCAGUGGUGAUUCGUGUUUGAUCCGCAGCUGCGGAAUAGGGAAUGGGAAUAGAAACGACGUAUCUUUUCAGGGGUAAAAAUUGGUCUGUCGGCUGGUAUUACAACAACUAAUUUCUUGAGACCAGCUACUUGAAGUAGUCUGAUUGGGUUCGGGAGUUGUCCGGUUGGUUGUCACAGAUGAUACACACAAUAUAAAACGAUUGUGUAGCGAUUUAUUUGUUCAACUAAACUCUCUAUCAGUGAGAAACAUUGUAUGGAUGAACCUCCCGGCUCUCAUACAUGGCGUGAAGAGACGUCGGUCAGCGGAUAUCCUACAUAUCGACGACGUGUUGCAAUUUAUCGAAGAAUUAAGACCUUGAAUUCCAAGGCAGAGUAAAUGGAGCGCGUGUCUGCACGGUUUUGACUGAAGGUUAGGGUAUGAUCCAGCUGCGACCUUUAUCUGAUUGCCUGGCCCGGAUUCCAGUGGAACCUGUCACUUGAAGUACCGUGGCUGGAUUCAUAGGGAGGUGCGUGUGUGUUCUGCCAGCCACGGUUCAGCGCAAUAUUGUCGCUGUGGAGUUUUACAGGGUUUAUCCCCGGCAGAGCACUGGUCCAGGUGAGCUCGAGGUGGACAAGCGUAGGAUGGGAGAGCGAACUGAACAGAUGCAGUGGGUCUUGGCAAGGCAUCGUCACAAUACAGGGCAGUGAUGCCUGGUAUGGUGAUGUUUCGGCGGCGCUGGUCAGUUGGUAGUGAUGACCUAGUGCUGCCCGCCCUCUUCCUCUUUCUACUGCACUGCAUCUGGCUGGUGGUUCUGUCUGUGGUUCUGUUCAGCCUGCCCUAUGGCUCGGACCAGUCCUGCUCGGUCACCCUGGUGGACCAUGGCCGGGGGUACCUGGGCAUCUUGGUCAGCUGCCUGAUCUGUGAGAGCGCCAUCAUAUGGCUGAGUAUGAGAGGCAGCAUCCUCUACACACAGCCCAGAGAAGCUGUGCAGUAUGUCAUCUACAUACGACUAGCCAURUUGUUGGUGGAGUUGGUAUAUGCAGUGGUGGGGAUCGCCUGGCUUUUCCAAUACUACCAACCYUGCUCUGAUGUCACUGCCAAGAACCUUGCUUUGGGGAUUGUGGUGUGCAAUUGGCUGGUGAUCUUCAGCGUGUGCUUCACGCUCAUGUGUACCUUUGACCCCACGGGACGCACAUUUGUUAAACUGAAAGCCACCCGGCGACGCCAACGCAACCUCACCACCUACACCCUCAGACACAGGCUAGAGGAGGGCCAAGCCAGCAGCUGGAGCAGGAGACUGAAGUUCUUCAUGUGCUGCACCCGAGCCCAGGACACACAYUCUGAUGCGUAUUCRGAGGUGGCCAGCCUGUUUGCAGAGUUCUUCAGAGAUCUGGACAUUGUGCCUAGUGACAUCAUAGCUGGCCUGGUGCUGCUUCGCCAGAGACAGAGGUCCAACAGAGGUGCCAUCCUGGACCAGGCCAACAAUGACAUUUUAGCRUUCUUAUCUGGAAUGCCUGUAACUCGCAACACCAAAUACCUGGACCUUAAGAACUCGACGGAGAUGGGCAUGUACAAGGAGGUGUGUUACUACAUGCUGUUUGCCCUGGCAGCGUACGGCUGGCCCAUGUACCUGAUGAGGAAGCCUGCCUGUGGGCUGUGCCGCCUGGCCAGCUCCUGCCACUGUACAUCAGGGUCUGGCUCUAGGCUGUCCCAGACAGUGACAGUGGAGGAGGAUAACUGUUGUGGCUGUAACGUCCUGGCUAUCCGCCGCCACUUCCUGGACAGAGAGCUGAAGCAGGUCCACGUUGUCUACACAUCUUGGCACGACGCGGUUUACGAGACACCUUUCUUUGUGGCUGUGGAUCAUGGGAAAAAGAAAGUUGUCAUCAGCAUUCGAGGAACCCUGUCCCCCAAAGAUGCCCUGACUGAUCUCACAGGGGACUCUGAGCGUCUGCCAGUGGAGGAGCAGCAUGGAAACUGGCUGGGCCACAAGGGGAUGGUUUACUCAGCAGAGUACAUUAAGAAGAAACUGGAGCAGGAAAUGAUCUUGUCACAAGCCUUUGGAAGAGAUUUGGGUAAGGGAACCAUGCACUACGGGCUGGUGAUAGUGGGACACUCCCUUGGUGCCGGUACUGCAGCCAUUCUGUCCUUCCUGCUCCGCCCCCAGUACCCCACACUGCAGUGCUACUCCUACUCUCCACCAGGUGGCCUUCUGAGUGAGGAUGCCAUGGAGUACUCCAAAGAGUUUGUCACCUCUGUCUUUUGGAAGGACCUUGUCCCAAGGAUAGGAUUGUCUCUCUCUCAUGGAGGGUUUCGGCGCCACCUGCUGGAAGUCUUACAGAAGAGCGACAAGCCAAAGUGGAGGAUCAUUGCAGGAACUAAGUGCAUUCCUAAGUCCGAGCUGCCUGUGGACGACGGCCCCCAGCCCAGACAGCCCUGUGCCCCCAGCACCCGUCUCUGGCUGCACCCCAGUGAUCUCAGCAUCGCCCUGUCAGCCUCCACCCCUCUCUACCCCCCGGGCAAGGUCAUCCACGUGGUCCACAACCACCCCUCAGAGACAUGGUACUGGAACCAUUUGGUCUCAGUUCUGAGCAGGCAGGUGCUGGAGAACUAUAACAAAGGGAAGACAGCCCUGCUUUCAGCUGCUAAGGUAAUGGUGAGCCCAACCGAGGUGGACCUGAACCCAGAGACCAUCUUCAUGGCAGCCGCCCCGCCUCCUGCCUCCCAACAACCCACCCCAACCACACAACACCGCAGGAACAGCAGUGUUCGUUCCUGUGCUCGCUCUGAGAUAUCACUGGAUGGCUUUGCAGAGUGCCCCCCUCCCUCAGUGUCAGUGGUUCUGCAGGGGGCCAGGGAGCGCCUUACCGUGGAGCUGAGGGACCGCCACGCACCCUUGGCCGUGAUGGAGAGCCUGUCAGACGCCGAGUCCCUCUACAGCCUGGACUCUCGACGUUCCUCAGCUGCACUCAGGGGCUCGCCCAUGCUGGGGUGCCUUCCCUUCCAACUGAAUGCACCUAUCCCUGAGGAGAACCCCUCUCUCAGCUCCCGCACUGAGCUGCUGGCUGCUGACUGCCUCUACCAGGCCACCCCAGAGCACGAGCUGGGAGAGGCAGGACCUUACUUCACUCCUCUGGGAUCCGGCUCCACCCCAGACUACCCCAUGCGCCUCUCCCCUUCCACCKCGCGCUAUAGCAGCCACCACUCCCCAGCACCACUGGCCCAGAGUGUCAUAGGUCAGCCUUUCACACAAAAAUUGCCUUGUGCUGCCCCUUGCCAUCAAAUGCCUGGCAUUUACAGCCCAGGCAGCACCCCUAAUGCUCCCCUCAACCCACGGAUCAGCCAUGGGGAGGAGGACGGAGUAGAGGCAGAAGGAUGGGAAACAGAGACAGGUGAGUCACAGCCCUCCAGUCCUCCAGCCCAGCUGUCCAACGGCAACCCUAGUCAGGCAGUGCUGGAGUUUGCACAGUACCUUGACUCUCUCUUCAGGCUGGAUGGCAGUGGCUCACCGCCUCUGGAGUUGUCUGACGGGGAGUCUGAGUCCGGUCGGGGGUCAUAUGGUCAGGGAGAGGGGCCAGUGGAAGGACAGAAGGGGGACGAUACACAGCUUCUGGCUCGGGCCACAAUGGAGCCUAACCUGGUCCCCAAGCCCCCGCGUACCUUUGCUGGAUCUGCUGACCCUUCCUCUGGCAUCUCCCUCUCACCCUCAUUCCCUCUCUCUUCCUCUGGUGAGAUCAAUGACCUCUCUCCCGCCGACGGAGCACCUCCUCCCACUCACUCACUACGAACCUCCACUCCCUGUCCCUACCCUGAAGAAAACGCACUGGUGUCUAUGGUAUAGUGGCCCACUCAGUCCCUUUAUGACUCUUUCUCUCUCCUCUUUCCUUAUUCCGUUGCUGCAUCUAUCUGAUGUUAAAGUAUCACUGAACAUGCAUGUGAUGGAAUGCAAUCUGCUAUGCUGUUACAGUACCUUACAAAGACAUGACAGACCAUAAUGAAUAAGACUGAGAUGAAAAACUAUUGUUCCAUUUUCAGGUGUCAAAAGCUGUGUAAAGCAUUUUCACUACUAUUGUAAUAAUACAUUUGAAUCUCUGUCUGCAUGCCAGGGGCCUGUUCUGCUUUGGGGUGAAUAGCCUCACCACUGACUGUCAUUCCAACACACACUAUCUCACAUCAACACAUGGUAGCAUUACAGCCCUGCAGUGAUGUGACUUUAUCAAAUGGGAGACAACUGAACAGGGGGAGGGAGGAGUUAGACACUAGGUGGGGUUUUCAUUGGCACAUGACCACAAUUAACUUACCAUCCUCCCUCAUCAGUGCCUAAAGCUUAUUCAUCUUUAAUAUCAGGAAAGUUAAAAAAACAGAGACAGAUGCUGAACAACAGAGAGGAGAGAGAGAGAAGACGUUAUGGUUUGUUUCUCAGGUCUAUCAGGAAAUGACAGUGUGGAAGAGAAGGAGUGUAGAUCAUAGAGUAUUGAUGUGUCUUAAAACAGUGAUUGUGACAAAUGUUAAGAAUGUGGUUUUUAUAGCAUGAGGAACGUAGUAUUCAUUUUUAUUAACAGAAAUCACUCYUCAGUCAGCAACUCUUACUAACAUACGAACCAUCUCACACACAUUAAAAUGCACAAUUUGRCCAAAAAUGUAUUGCCAAAUGUAUUUAUAAAGUGUGAUAUUGUUUGUUUGUGAAAUACUGCAAAAUGUACACUUUCACAAAACAAAGAUACAGGUGUCAAGUUUAACUCUGAGAGGGAGAAGAUACAUUUUGGUAUCGCUCCCUUUUAAUAGCCAAUCGGUCUAUUCCCYUUCAAACUGUGUUAAACCACCCUGGAGAGGAUGAGGAAGCUAUCCCUACAACACUGCCAUGGCACAUAUCGCCCAAAACAUGUCUCUCUCCAAGUGUUUGUACCAAGCCAAUUAUGCUAUAAAAAAACAUGAGAUGCACUGUAGGAGAUUGUUCCUCUUAAAGGGGUCUUGCUGAGGUACACAAUUAUGUCAAUGACUUCUAAGUCUUUGGUUCCCUUUAAACUGGUUCAUAUCAAGCAUAUUGAGGUUGAACUGUACAGGUUGUAGUGCCCACUUUCACUACAUUUUACUAAAACAUGUGGCAAACAUAUUUCAUAUCAGUUGUAUUGGUUGGAUCAAACAUACUACAUUAUUUAUUACUGUUGUUUCUUACUAUUAUUGGUGGUAUUAUUAUUAUCCUUAUUAUUACUCUUGUAACAGUUUGGUUUGCUUUCUAUGAGUUCGGCUUUCAGUUGCUGGGUAAGGCUGGUGAAUUUCAGCCGACUCUCAAAAUAAGGGUAUAUCUCUGGGAAAAUAUCUCUGUCCAAGUGAAAAAGUACUGGGUGUCAACAUCACAGGAGAUUGGUGCCACCUUCAUUGGGGUAAUGGCUCYUGGUAAUAGCUGGAGCGGAAUUUGUGGAAUGGUAUCAAACACAUGGUUUCUAUGUGUUUGAUUCCAUUCGCUCUGUUCCAGCCAUUAUUAUGAGCCAUUCUCCCCUCAGCAGCCUCCAUUAGCUGCCAUGGUGAUGGCAGAGAGACAGACUCUAUAAUAGGAAGUGGGGUCAUUACAGUGACCUCUGAUACAAUACAGCCAUUCUGAAGGGGUCACUGUGGUGACCUAUAGAAGCUGUACUCUUUUAGAAAUGGCUUUGCUGUGGUAUCACUCAACAGGCCUCACUCUGUGGCCAGAUUACAGUUUGACACCACACAAAUCCAUGCUCUCACACUAGUCUCUACUUUGCCAGCACAGUGUUGAACAACCAGUGUGAAAUAGCUUUGCUGCAGUGGGUCACGGCCCAGUGUAGGCUAUAUCAGCACCACCAUAGGAAGAUGCCACAUUCCCUUUUCACCAUGACAUGUACAGCAGUGUCUCAUUUGUCAUUAUUUAAAUGCAGAUGUCUUGUUUCCUGUCUUUGUUUUAGUUUUUUUAUUAUAAAAAAGAUUAAAUGAAAAUAGAAUAACAUAGAAAAUGACUAUGAUAACAGGUAUAUUACAAAUCUAUAUCAAUAUUGACAUAUAUAGAAAAAGUACAAAUGUAUGGGGGGGYAAAUGAAUCUAUUUAGUGAGAAAGAUCUAUGACAGAAAAAUUAGUAAUCAAUUCUGUUCAAUUCUGCCAAUAAUCUAUGUUGACUGAUAAAUCAUUCAAUGAUGUCUUGUCCAUGUUUACCUGGUUUGCUACUCUUCCCUUCCUGUCCCAGAUUGAGAAUGUAUUUAACCCCCGCCACCUCUCACUGCCCUGCCUGUAAUGGAAUAAAGCAAAACCAAUUUAAGGAAAAUUA